CCCGAGGUGGCAGCAGCCAGAGUCACUGGUGGUAUGGUGGGAAGUCCCAGCGCUGGUGGCCGUGCUGGGAUCCCUGGCAGCUGGGCACCUCGUGGCCGUAUUUCCUGGCUCUGCUCCAGGAGUAAUUGCUCAGAUGGGGACGUGGGGCAGCUCCCAUCCCUCUCCCGGCAUGGUAAUGAGUGAAGAAGACUCAAAGACAAAUGGCUCAUUAAGAAGCAGUGCUGCAUUGCAGGAUUUUUCAUCCCACCAACCGCUGCAUCAGCAGAGGCAGCACCUCUCGCGCUCGCUCUCCCAGCCCUGGAGAAGGAGCUGUCAGGCAGCUGGGGCUGGUGCCAAAAUUAAUCAUGUGCUUAAUAACGUGCCCAGCCCAUCGAACGGCCUCUCCUCAGCCUCCCAGCUCUGGAGCAGGGCAGCCGUGCUGGACUGGAGCCCUGGGGCACUGUGGAUUUGGGGUUGGUGCCUGGGAAGUGCCCAUGCUUGGGGAGAAGGGAUGUGUCAGGGCAGGGCUGAGCCAGGGGAGAUGCCCCCAGCCUCGAGGUGCCAGAGCCCCUCAGUUAUGUUGGGAUGUCAGGAUCCUCCAGAUUUUUUGGGGUGCUAGAUCCCCCCAGCCCUAUCGGGGUCCCAGCCAGCUGUGCUGGCUUCUGUGGCCUUCCUAGUGGCCUCAGUAAACAUUUCCUGCUCCACUCAUAUUUGCAAAUCCUCAGCUUGUGUUCAUCUUUCAUGACUUUUAACAAAUCUUGCCUCAUCCCUUUUUUCCAGCGGUGCCUGGUUGGAUCCUGCCCCUCACAGCCCUCUGCAGGCAGUGCCUGCCUGCAGCUGCUCUGCUUUCUUUUAUUAGCAGUAAUUGGUUUUGAUUUCCUGAUUGCAGCCAGUGUAUUUUCUGUGAUCUUUGCAUCCUGCUCACACUGUUUUCCUCUUUCCCUUCUCCUCUUUCCCUUCUCCUUUUUCCCCUUCCCCCUUUUCUCUUGCCUUUUCCUCUCUUUUUUUUUCUCCCUUUCCUUUCCUAUUCCCUUUCCCUUUCCCUUUCUUCACCUUUCCCCUUUCUCUUCUAAAUUAGGUGAUCUCUUACUAAGCUCCUCUUUUUUUCCUCCAGACUGAGUAAAUUUUACUAAUUCAGCCUCAUAAAAUAACAGAGCAAUUACUAAUAAAAUAAAAUGUUUGCUUUCCACAAUCCUUCUCACUUACAACGAGCAGGGAAAGAGUAAAUAGAUUAAAAGCACGGUGGAAAUGACCUGGCUGUAUUCCAUAUUUAUUUUCUUCCGACAACCGUAGAUCAAAUUUGUUCAGCCCCCUAAGUGGGAAAACCACUUUAUUUUAUUUUUUUCCCCGGCUCCAGCUCGCUCACGCUGCGUGUUUGUUCUCUCCUGCUUUCAUCCCGAGCCAUAAAGGUCCCCAGCAGGACCCAAGCUGGCAGAACCUCCAUUAAUUUGCAGAGCAGAACGGGCCGAGCUCGCACCUCUCCUGGGCUGGAAGAGCCUGCUGCCCCAGGGAUUCCCAGCGUGGAGGAGUUGCUGCUGGUGAGACCAUGAGGACAGCAUCCCCCUGAGCGCCGGGCGAUGAGCCCGCAGGGGCAUCCCGGCAAGAUGCCGAGGCUAUGGGGUGGGUGCUGAAAUGAUGAAGGGCUACCAUGGGGAGCCUAGCCAGACACAGCCCUCCUCCGGCCACCGCUGCCGCUGCAUCCCUGAGAACUGCGAGCAUCCCGCCGACUACAUCCUGCACGGCCCCGAGGGCCAGCCGUCCUACCUGCCCAGUCCCAGCGAGCCGUGUUCCCUGGAGCAUCCCUACUGUCCGGCGCGGAGCCCCGGUGCGGGCAGCGAGUGCCCGGGCGGGCCCCUGAGCGAGCCGCCCUCCACCAGCGCCAGCAGCACCUUCCCGAGGAUGCACCACACGCAGCAGCCCUACGACUCCUGUGACGAAUGCAUGGCGACCGCCCACCCUGCCAGCAAGAUCAACCGCCUGCCCCCCACGCUGCUGGACCAGUUCGAGAAGCAGCUGCCGCUGCACCACGACGGCUUCCACACGCUGCAGUACCCCCGGGCUGGCGGCGCCGAGCCCCGCAGCGAGAGCCCCAGCCGCAUCCGCCACCUCGUCCACUCCGUCCAGAAGCUCUUUGCCAAGUCCCACUCCCUGGAGGCGCCGGCCAAGCGGGACUACAACGGCGCCAAGAUGGACGGCCGCGGGGACGGCUACCACCACCACCACCACCACCACCAUCACCACCACCACCACCAGUCCCGCCACGGCAAGCGCAGCAAGAGCAAGGACCGUAAGGUGGACUCCCGGCACCGGUCCAAGAUGUUGGGCUGGUGGAGCUCCGACGACAACCUGGACAGCGACAGCAGCUACAUGGUGUCCGGCCGGCACGCCGCCGACCAGGGCACCCAGUACUGCGUGGACGCUCCCGAAAGUGCCUUCAGAGACUUGACCUUGAAGAGUCUAAAGGGCGGCGGGGAAGGAAAAUGCCUGGCCUGUGCCGGCAUGUCCAUGUCUCUGGACGGCCAGACGCUCAAGAGGAGUGCCUGGCACACCAUGACCGUCAGCCAGGCCCGUGAAGCCUAUCCCAGCGCCGGCGGCACCGAGAAGACCUUGAUGCUUCAGGAAGCAAAGGCCAAAGACCGAGCAUACCAGUACCUGCAGGUGCCGCAGGACGAGUGGAGUGGGUACCCGGCGGGCAAGGACGGGGAGAUCCCGUGCCGGCGGAUGCGCAGCGGCAGCUACAUCAAGGCCAUGGGGGACGAGGACAGCGCCGACUCGGACAUCAGCUCCAAAGUGCUGCCCAGGGCGGCCACGCGGCGAGACAGCUACCGCCGCUCCUCCAGCGCCGACCAGGCCAGGACCAAGUUUGCAAGUAGGCACUAUUCUGAUUCAUAUAUCUGUAACUGUCCCAGCUGCUGCACGCCACCGCGAAUGCUCCCGCGGGGACAGAGCUACGGGCGUUCCUUCACCACCGGCCAGAUCAACGAAGAGCUCAACCACCAGUUUGAGGCCGUCUGCGAGUCUGUGUUUGGCGAGGUGGAGUCGCAGGCCGUGGAGGCACUGGACCUGCCCGGCUGCUUCCGCAUGCGGAGCCACAGCUACCUGAGGGCCAUCCAGGCAGGCUGCUCCCAGGAUGAUGACUGUCUCUCACUCUUCUCCAUGUCGGCCCCUCCUGGGCCGCCCAUCACCAGCAGCAUCCUGAAGCCCAGCACUUCCUUCAGUUACAGAAAAGCUCCACCUCCCAUCCCUCCAGGAACCAAAGCCAAACCUCUCAUCUCCGUCACGGCGCAGAGCAGCACCGAGUCCACCCACGAGAGCUACCUGCCCAGCGAGGUCGCCCGCAGCCCUGCCUGGUCCAAAGAUGCCGCGGCCCGCUGCAACUCGGCCGAGAGCCUGGAGAGCUCGAAGGUGACGGCCGUGGCCCUCGACCUGCCCCCGGUCCAGCCCCGUGCCGCUCCCAAGCCCUCCACGCUCAUCAUCAAGGCCAUCCCAGGCCGGGAGGAGCUGCGGAGUUUGGCUCGCCAGCGGAAGUGGCGUCCCUCCAUCGGCGUGCAGGUUGAGGCCGUCUCUGACUCGGAUACGGAGAGCCGGAGCCAGAGGGAGUUCCACUCCAUCGGGGUGCAGGUGGAGGAGGACAAAAGGCGAGCGCGCUUCAAGCGCUCCAACAGCGUGACAGCGGGAGUGCAGGCGGACCUGGAGCUCGAGGGCUUCACCGGCCUGGCCGUGGCCACCGAGGACAAAGCCCUGCAGUUCGGGCGGCCCUUCCAGCGGCACUCCUCGGAGCCCGAGUCGGGCCGGCAGUACGCCGUGUACAAGACGGUGCACACGCAGGGGCAGUGGGCGUACCGCGAGGAUUACCAACUGCAGUACGACACGGUGGAGGUGCCCCGGCGGGACGCCUGGAUCGAGCGGGGCUCCCGCAGCCUCCCCGACUCCGGCCGCGCCUCCCCGUGCCACCGCGACGGGGAGUGGUUCAUCAAACUGCUGCAGGCAGAGGUGGAGAAGAUGGAGGGCUGGUGCCAGCAGAUGGAGAGGGAGGCGGAGGACUAUGACCUGCCCGAGGAGAUCCUGGAGAAGAUCCGGAGCGCGGUGGGCAGUGCCCAGCUCCUCAUGUCCCAGAAGGUGCAGCAGUUCUACCGUCUCUGCCAGCAGAACAUGGACCCCAAUGCAUUCCCUGUGCCCACCUUCCAAGACCUGGCUGGCUUCUGGGACCUCCUGCAGCUCUCCAUUGAGGACGUCAGCAUGAAGUUUGGGGAGCUCCAGCAACUCAAGGCCAAUGGGUGGAAGAUCAUGGAGCCCAAGGAGGAGAAGAAGGUGCCUCCCCCGAUACCAAAGAAGCCGCCGCGCUCCAAGGUGCACCCGGUGAAGGAGCGCUCCCUGGACUCGGUGGACCGGCAGCGGCAGGAGGCCCGCAAGCGGCUCCUGGCAGCCAAGCGAGCCGCCUCCUUCCGCCAGAGCUCGGCCACUGAGAGCGCGGACAGCAUCGAGAUCUACAUCCCCGAGGCGCAGACCCGGCUGUGACCGCAGCCUCCGCUUUUCUACCCGGACUGGACGGCGCGGCCGUAGCUCACUGUGAUGGGGGGCCGCGGGGACACCCUGGGGCAGCUCUUGGCCCCACUCACAGCUUCUUUUCUAUCUUAGCCCUUUCGUGGAUCCGACGGCGGGUGAACGCAAAGCCCGGUUCUGACCCGUCCCCUUGACACCCCCCCCCCCGCCCGCCCGCAUGCCCCUGCCAGCCUCUCCUGGGGUCCGGGGCUCUCCCUCCCUCUGCCCUCCCUGGGGCUGUGUCCCAGCUUUCUGUCCCCUUCCCACUCCCCAGCCCUUCUGCACACCUGCCCCUGCAUCCCAACCCAAAGAGAGGUGACCUUCAGCACUCGGCCCCGCCGGGCUGGAGGGGAGGGGGCUGCAGGCAGGCCCCCCCGCCUCUCUGUACUCAGUGCAAUCCCCUGGUGUGUGGCGGGAUGGGCCCCCAGCCCCUGCCUGGCCACAGCCCCCCAGCCCUGCCCUGCUGGCACAAGGCUUUGGGACGUGCUGGGGACAAAGGGGUCCCCUCCCUGCUCCCCCCGCCCGCGGCUCAGGUGCCGUGGGGACCCAGGGCUCCCUCCCCUAUAUACAUAUAUAAAUAUAACCCAAGGAAUAAACCAGAAACUACACGUGACCAGCGCUGUGUCCUGCCUGGUGGGACGGGCCAGAGCAGCAAAGGCCCCCGGUCACGGCGAGCCGCCCCGCUUCCCUCGCACGGAGCAUCGCCACGCGCUUCUCCCCUUCCCGCUCAGCCCUCCGUCCCUCAGUCCAUCCCUCAUCUGUCCGUCCUUCCCUCCUGCCAGCCUGGAGGCCAGGAGCACCUCUGCAAUGUGGCACUAGCCAGGGACAGGCAAUAUCCCCCCGUGCCUUGCUGCAGGUGGGAGAUGCUCCCCCGGUGAGCCCACCUGCAGUGACCAGGACCACGCUGGGCUUGGCACCAGUGGGUGGGACCGGAGUGUGGGCAUGGCCAGCAACUGUCCCUUGAGUGUGGAGCUAGAGACCCCCUCAGGGGGACACCCCUUCCCCCUGAGCUCCUGGAGCUCUGUGGGAUGGGACACUCCAGGACAGGGCUGUCACAUACCUGAUGCCUCUCAGGGCCAAGGGACACCCUGGGAUGUGGCUGUUCCCAGCUCCCCCAUCACUGUGCACAGAGCCAGGAACAGGGUGGAGAGCUCCUUCUAGGGCAGAACAGUGUGGUGGGGCAGGAGGCUGCAUCUGCCUCAUCCCUGUCCUUAACCCUGCUCUCCAAACCUCCUGUCCCCCUCUCAGCGUCCCUUUUGGUGGCAGAGGGGGGAGGACCCCACCCCUGUACGUCACUCUGCUGCUCCAGCAGCCCCACGCAGCAUCACCAGCCACCCCCCCCAGGCAGGGCCAGUGGGUGCCAGGGAGCUCCUGAAAUCCGGGGCUAAACCUCCUGAAAUCUGGGGCCAAACCUCGCCCAGGCCCUCAGGCAGGGCAGUGGGGUCAGAGGCACCUGGGGGACGCCUCGCUGGGGUCCCUCGCUCCUGGGGGUCCGUCGGUGCUAAACACCUCCGUGACAGCAGCACCCACUCAGCCACCCAAAGCCCUUCCCCACCCCACUCCCCCUGCACCCCCAAUUUAGGGAUGUGCCUGGGAAGGGCCCCCGCCCCGGCCAGCGCCGUGCAGUGACCGUGACACGUGGCUCCCUUUUUAUUGUAACGAACCGCCGCAAUUAAUAAAGAUGACUUUGGUUACUCCGGGCCAGCGGCCACUUCCCUGCGGGGACACGGCCGGCACCGGGCUCGCCUUUCA